CAGGGGCCGGAGGGGAGGGUCCGCCCAGCGGGUGUCCGGUGUCCUCUCUGCGGCCUCUCCCAGGCGUUGGGACUUCUCUGCGGAGGCGCAGCGGAGGCGACAGCUCCCCUUUGGCGCGGCUGCCGCGGAGCCGGGCGCUUGCUCGGUGGGGGCAGGCCGAACCAUGCUGAGUUGCCAGCUGGUGAGGGCCAGCAACCUCCCCAGUGUGAAGAAGGACCGGCGCAGCGACCCGGUCGCCAGCUUGACUUUCCGAGGGGUGAAGAAGAGAACCAAAGUCAUCAAGAACAACGUGAACCCCGUGUGGAAUGAGGGCUUUGAGUGGGACCUCAAGGGCGUCCCCCUGGACCAGAGCUCUGAGCUUCAUGUGGUGGUCAAAGACCACGAGACGAUGGGGAGGAACAGGUUCCUGGGGGAAGCCAACGUCCCACUCCGGGAGGUUCUCGCCACCCCCAGCCUGUCCGCCAGCUUCAAUGCCCCACUGCUGGACACUAAGAAGCAGCCCACAGGGGCCUCGCUGGUCCUGCAGGUGUCCUACACGCCACUUCCUGGAGCUGUGCCUGUGUUCCCACCCGCUACACCUCUGGAACCCUCCCCGACUCUGCCCGACAUGGAUAUGGUGGCUGGUGGGGGACAGAGCCGGGCCGAGACUUGGUCCCUGCUCAGUGACAGCACCGUGGACACGAGAUACUCUGGAAAGAAGUGGCUGGCCCCCACGGACACAGGAGGAGAGGAGGACACGGAGGACCAGGGGCUGACGGGAGACGAGGCCGAGCCAUUCCCGGACCAGAGCGGAACUCCGGGUCCAGGGGCCCCCAUCACCCCAAAGAAGCCACCUUCCCAUCCUCCCCACCACCGACCAGGGGGGAGAAGGAGGAGAAGCACGCCCGCGCCCAGAAAGCCGCUGUCGGACAAACCUCAGGACUUCCAGAUCAGGGUCCAGGUGAUCGAGGGACGCCAGCUGCCGGGGGUGAACAUCAAGCCUGUGGUCAAGGUCACCGCUGCCGGGCAGACCAAGCGGACUCGGAUCCACAAGGGAAACAGCCCCCUCUUCAACGAGACUCUUUUCUUCAAUGUGUUUGACUCUCCUGCGGAGCUGUUUAAUGAGCCCAUCUUCAUCACGGUGGUGGACUCCCGUUCCCUCAGGACAGACGCUCUCAUCGGGGAGUUCCGGAUGGACGUGGGCAGCAUCUACCGGGAACCCCGACACGCCUAUCUCAGGAAGUGGCUGCUGCUCUCGGACCCAGACGACUUCUCUGCUGGGGCCAGAGGCUACCUGAAAGCCAGCCUUUGCGUGCUGGGCCCUGGAGACGAGGCCCCUCUGGAGAGGAAAGACCCCUCUGAGGACAAGGAGGACAUCGAAGGCAACCUGCUCAGGCCGACGGGCGUGGCCCUCCGUGGAGCGAACUUCUGCCUGAAGGUCUUCAGGGCGGAGGACUUACCGCAGAUGGAUGAUGCCGUGAUGGACAAUGUGAAGCAGAUCUUUGGGUUUGAGAGUAACAAGAAGAACUUGGUGGAUCCCUUCAUGGAAGUCAGCUUUGCGGGGAAAAUGCUAUGUGGCAAGAUCCUGGAGAAGACGGCCAACCCUCAGUGGAACCAGAGUAUCACGCUGCCUGCCAUGUUUCCCUCCAUGUGUGAGAAGAUGAGGAUUCGUGUCAUGGACUGGGACCGCCUCACCCACAACGACAUCGUGGCCACCACCUACCUGAGUAUGUCGAAAAUCUCUGCCCCUGGAGGAGAAGUAGAAGAGGAGCCUGCAGGUGCGGUCAAGCCUUCUUCAGCCACAGACCUGGACGACCAUCUGGGCUUCCUUCCCACCUUCGGGCCCUGCUACGUCAACCUGUACGGCAGCCCCAGGGAGUUCACUGGCUUCCCGGACCCCUACGCGGAGCUCAACACAGGCAAGGGGGAAGGCGUGGCCUACCGAGGCCGGCUGCUGCUCUCCCUGGAGACCAAGCUGGUGGAGCACAGCGAGCAGAAGGUGGAGGAUCUUCCUGCAGAUGACAUCCUUCGGGUGGAGAAGUACCUCCGGAGGCGCAAGUACUCGCUCUUUGCUGCCUUCUACUCGGCCACCAUGCUACAGGACGUGGACGACGCCAUCCAGUUCGAGGUCAGCAUCGGGAACUACGGGAACAAGUUCGACACGACCUGCCUGCCUCUGGCCUCCACCACCCAGUACAGCCGGGCGGUCUUUGACGGAUGCCACUACUACUACUUACCCUGGGGCAACGUGAAGCCCGUGGUGGUGCUGUCAUCCUACUGGGAGGACAUCAGCCACCGAGUGGAGGCUCAGAACCAGCUGCUCAGGAUCGCCGACCGGCUGGAAGCCGGCCUGGAGCAGGUUCACUUGGCCCUGAGGGCGCAGUGCUCCACCGAGGACGUGGACUCCCUGGCGGCUCAGCUGAUGGAUGAGCUCAUUGCAGACUGCAGCCAGCCCCUAGGUGACAUCCAUGAGACGCCCUCUGCUACCCACCUGGACCAGUACCUGCACCGGCUGCGUAUGCGUCACCUGAGCCAGAUCGUUGAGGCGGCCCAGGCCCUGAAGCUUGGCCACAGUGAACUCCCCGCUGCCCUGGAGCAGGCUGAGGACUGGCUCCUGCGUCUCCGUGCCCUGGCAGAUGAGCCCCAGAACAGCCUGCCUGACAUCGUCAUCUGGAUGCUGCAGGGCGACAAGCGGGUGGCCUACCAGCGGGUGCCUGCCCACGAGGUCCUCUUCCGGCGGGGCUCCAGCUACUGUGGCAAGAAUUGUGGAAAGCUGCAGACGAUAUUUCUGAAAUAUCCGAUGGAGGGGAUGCCCAGAGCCAGGAUGCCAGUGCAGAUUCGGGUCAGGCUGUGGUUCGGGCUCUCCGUGGAUGAAAAGGAGUUCAAUCAGUUUGCAGAGGGCAAGCUCUCUGUCUUUGCUGAAACCUAUGAGAACCAGACCAAGCUGGCCCUGGUCGGAAACUGGGGCACAACAGGCCUCACCUACCCCAAGUUUUCUGAUGUCACGGGCAAGAUCAAGCUCCCCAAGGACAGCUUCCGCCCCUCGGCCGGCUGGACCUGGGCUGGAGACUGGUUCGUGUGUCCGGAGAAGACCCUGCUUCAUGACACUGAUGCGGGCCAUCUGAGCUUCGUGGAGGAGGUGUUUGAGAACCAAACCCGGCUCCCCGGAGGCCAGUGGAUCUACAUGAGUGACAACUACACGGAUGUGAACGGGGAGAAGGUGCUUCCCAAGGAUGACAUCGAAUGCCCACUGGGCUGGAAGUGGGAAGAUGAGGAGUGGUCCACGGACCUCAAUCGGGCUGUCGAUGAACAAGGCUGGGAGUACAGCAUCACCAUCCCUCCGGACCGGAAGCCGAGGCACUGGGUCCCUGCUGAGAAGAUGUACUACACACACCGUCGGCGGCGCUGGGUCCGCCUGCGCAGGAGGGACCUCAGCCAGAUGGAGGCGCUGAAGAGGCACAGGCAGGCAGAGGCGGAGGGUGAAGGCUGGGAGUACGCCUCACUCUUUGGCUGGAAGUUCCACCUGGAGUACCGCAAGACAGACGCCUUUCGCCGCCGCCGCUGGCGCCGCCGCAUGGAGCCCCUGGAGAAGACGGGACCUGCAGCUGUGUUCGCCCUCGAGGGGGCCCUGGGCGGUGUGGUGGACGACAGGAGUGAGGAUUCCAUGUCUGUCUCCACCUUGAGCUUUGGCGUGAACAGACCCACGAUCUCCUGCAUCUUCGACUAUGGAAACCGCUACCAUCUACGUUGCUAUAUGUACCAGGCCCGGGAUCUGCCUGCGAUGGACAAGGACUCUUUUUCUGAUCCCUACGCCAUCGUCUCCUUCCUGCACCAGAGCCAGAAGACAGUGGUGGCGAAGAAUACCCUGAACCCCACCUGGGACCAGACACUCAUCUUCUACGAGAUUGAGAUCUUCGGCGAGCCAGCCAGCAUCGCCGAGCAGCCGCCCAGCAUCGUGGUGGAGCUGUAUGACCAUGACACCUACGGCGCAGAUGAGUUCAUGGGACGCUGCAUCUGUCAGCCGAGUCUGGAACGGAUGCCCCGGUUGGCCUGGUUCCCUCUGACUAGGGGCAGCCAGCCGGCGGGUGAGCUGCUGGCCUCUUUUGAGCUCAUCCAGAGAGAGAAGCCGGCUAUCCACCAUAUUCCCGGUUUUGAGGUGCAGGAUACAUCAGGGAUCCUGGAAGAGUCGGAGGACACGGACCUGCCCUACCCGCCACCCCAGAGGGAGGCCAACAUCUACAUGGUCCCCCAGAACAUCAAGCCGGUUCUCCAGCGAACAGCCAUUGAGAUCCUGGCAUGGGGGCUUCGGAACAUGAAGAGUUACCAGCUGGCCAGUGUGUCUUCCCCCAGCCUGGUGGUGGAGUGCGGGGGCCAGACGGUGCAGUCCUGUGUCAUCAAGAACCUCCGGAAGAACCCCAACUUCGACAUCUGCACCCUCUUCAUGGAAGUGAUGCUGCCCCGGGAGGAUCUCUACUGUCCCCCCAUCGUGGUCAAGGUCAUUGAUAACCGGCAGUUUGGCCGCCGGCCUGUGGUGGGCCAGUGUACCAUCCGCUCCCUGGAGAGCUUCCUGUGUGACCCUUACUCAGAGGAGAGUCCGUCCCCACAGGGCGGCCCAGAUGACGUGAGCUUGCUCAGUCCUGGGGAAGACGUGCUGAUUGACAUCGACGACAAGGAACCCCUCAUCCCCAUCCAGGAGGAGGAGUUUAUUGACUGGUGGAGCAAAUUCUUCGCCUCGAUUGGGGAGAGGGAAAAGUGUGGGUCCUACCUGGAGAAGGACUUUGACACUCUAAAGGUCUAUGAUACCCCGCUGGAGAAUGUGAAGGCUUUUGAGGGCCUGUCUGACUUUUGUAACACCUUCAAGCUCUACCGGGGCAAGACUCAGGAGGAGAUGGAAGACCCAUCUGUCAUUGGGGAAUUUAAGGGCCUCUUCAAAAUUUAUCCCCUCCCAGAAGACCCUGCCAUUCCCAUGCCUCCAAGACAGUUCCACCAGCUGGCCUCCCAGGAGCCCCAGGAGUGCCUGGUCCGCAUCUACAUCAUCCGAGCAUUUGGCCUGCAGCCCAAGGACCCCAAUGGGAAGUGUGAUCCUUACAUCAAGAUCUCCAUAGGGAAGAAAUCGGUGAGCGACCAAGACAACUACAUCCCCUGCACCCUGGAGCCUGUGUUUGGAAAGAUGUUCGAGCUGACCUGCACUCUGCCUCUGGAGAAGGACCUGAAGAUCACCCUCUAUGACUACGACCUCCUCUCCAAGGAUGAAAAGAUCGGGGAGACGGUCAUCGACCUGGAGAACAGGCUGCUGUCCAAGUUUGGGGCUCGCUGCGGCCUCCCCCAGACCUAUUGCGUCUCUGGACCCAACCAGUGGAGGGAUCAGCUCCGUCCCUCCCAGCUUCUCCACCUGUUCUGCCAGCAGCACAGGGUCAAGGCCCCCGUGUACCGGACGGACCGCGUGGUGUUUCAGGAUAAAGAAUACACCAUUGAGGAAAUAGAGGCUGGCAGGGUCCCAAACCCACACCUGGGCCCAGCAGAGGAGCGUCUGGCCUUGUAUGUCCUCCAGCAGCAGGGCCUGGUCCCUGAACACGUGGAGUCCCGCCCCCUCUAUAGCCCCCUGCAGCCGGACAUCGAGCAGGGGAAGCUGCAGAUGUGGAUCGACCUGUUUCCAAAGGCCCUGGGGCGGCCGGGACCUCCCUUCAACAUCACCCCACGGAGAGCCAGGAGGUUUUUCCUGCGUUGUAUUAUCUGGAACACCAAGGAUGUGAUUCUGGAUGACCUCAGCAUCACCGGGGAGAAGAUGAGUGACAUUUAUGUGAAAGGCUGGAUGGUGGGCUUUGAAGAACACAAGCAGAAGACAGAUGUGCAUUAUCGGUCCCUGGGAGGCGAAGGCAACUUUAACUGGAGGUUCGUUUUCCCUUUCGACUACCUGCCAGCUGAGCAAGUCUGCACCGUCUCCAAGAAGGAUGCUUUCUGGAGGCUGGACAAGACUGAGAGCAAGAUCCCUGCGCGAGUAGUCUUCCAGAUUUGGGACAACGACAAGUUCUCCUUUGAUGACUUUUUGGGCUCUUUGCAGCUCGACCUCAACCGCAUGCCCAAGCCUGCCAAGACAGCCGAGAAGUGCUCCUUGGACCAGCUGGAUGACACUUUCCACCCAGAGCGGUUUGUGUCCCUUUUUGAACAGAAAACAGUGAAGGGCUGGUGGCCCUGUGUGGCGGAUGAGGGUGAGAAGAAGAUAGUGGCGGGUAAGCUGGAAAUGACCUUGGAGAUUGUCUCAGAGAACGAGCAUGAGGAGCGGCCAGCCGGCCAGGGCCGGGAUGAGCCCAACAUGAACCCCAAGCUCGAGGACCCAAGGCGCCCUGACACCUCCUUCCUCUGGUUCACCUCCCCGUACAAGACAAUGAAGUUCAUCCUGUGGCGGCGUUUCCGGUGCGCCAUCAUCCUCUUCAUCAUUCUCUUCAUCCUCCUGCUGUUCCUGGGCAUCUUCGUCUACGCCUUCCCGAACUAUGCCGCCAUGAAGCUGGUGAAGCCGUUCAGCUGAGGACUCUCGGGCCUGGGACUGGCUGCCUCUUCUGCCCAGUUCAGCUGAGUUCCUCCAGAAGUCCAGACCUGAUGGUCCUGCCAGGGUGGACAGACAGACAGAUGGACUGGCACGUGCUCCAAGUGUUGGUGACAUCGGGCCCCGGGAUCAUCCUGCUUUCAUCAUUUCUCUCUCCCUCAACCCAAGCCUUUUUGGGAUCAGCCCAUAUGUAUUUCAGUAUAAAACAGUUUGAACCUCC